AUGACAAACGAGUGUCAGUACUUAAAUAAGUACGGAAGUUGGAGCUGGGACCAGGAGAGCCGCACAAGAGCCAAUGGCCUUCUGUCCACCAUGUCCAAGUUUGAGUUUACAAUCACGAUGAUCACUGUGAUGAAAUGCCUCUCAGUCGUGAAGCAACUGAGCAUCCAACUUCAGAAGCGCGCAAGCGACAUUUACAGGGCUUACUCUCAAGUGAGCUCUGUAAAGGAAGAUCUUCAAGCUCCGAGGCGCGAUAUCGAUGUCUUGUUCGUAAAGUGGUACGAGUCAUCUGUGGACUUAGGGAAGGAUUUUGACAUUGUACCCUCCAUGCCGCGCAUUGCACGAAUACAACAACACCGGCAAAAUACCCCCUCCUCAUCCCCGUGUGAAUAUUACAAGAGAUCCCAGGGCAUUCCUCUUGUCGACCACCUGUCGACAGAAAUGGAUAAAUUCUUCAGUGCCGACCAGAUGAAUGUAUCAAAGCUGAUCUCCUUGGUACCGGAGGUUCUGGUGGCUACCAAUGGCUGCGACUUGGAAGAGGCCGUUAAAUUCUACACAGAUGACCUUGAAAGCCCUGAUUUACUCGAUGUAGAGCUUGUCCGUUGGCGCAGUAAAUGGACGAGAGUAGAAGAGGAAUCUAUUCCUAGAAGCGCAGUCGACGCACUGAAAAACUGUGAUGCCGAGUUCUACCCAAACGUACAUGUGCUACUCCAAAUCCUCUGCACCCUCCCUGUCACUUCAGCUGAGAGUGAGAGAUCGUUCAGUACAAUGAAGCGCCUUAAGACAUACCUACGAAACACCAUGAGCACAGAAAGAGAAUCUUCACUGGCCUUGAUGAGCGUCCUUUAUAACAGAUCUCUGGAUGUAGAUGCCAUCAUUGAUACUUUCGCCACGCGCCAUUCUCGUCGCCUUUUGUUUGCAGACAUUUUAUCUGGCGACAAGUAGCAUGUUCUAACCAGGGAGGCAUCUUGCUACCCUAACUUUCAUUGGAACAUGAUCCAACAUGUGUAUUACUUCUCAGUUAAUUGAUAUUAUAACUAGUGAAACUCCAUUUGUAAAUGAAUGAAGUGUAUGUUUGAUUCGUAUCAGAAUGUGCCUCGUAUCAGAAUGUAAGAUUGCCUGGGUUCAAAUUAAGAAAGUAGUAUGAAGUAAGUUCUACAAUAGAUCAAUAUUGAACUCUU